GUAUAUAGUCAUUUAUAUAUUUUUUUUCAGAAUCCUUAACUUGACAGCUGCCAUUUCUAUCUGAGCAUAAUACAAGUGAAGUACAAUCAUGGGAGAUGGUGAAAUGGAGUGUUUCGGCCCGGCGGCCAUUUACCUCCGGAAGCCAGAAAGAGAGCGAAUCGAGGCUCAGACCGCCCCCUUUGAUGCCAAAACAGAAUACUUCGUGACAGAUGAAGCUGAGAUGUACCUGAAAUGUUCUCUUGUUAGUAAAGACGGUGGCAAAGCUUCUGUCAAAACUCACUGUGGGAAAGCUGUCACAGUAAAAGAAGAUGAAAUCUUCCCAAUGAAUCCUCCCAAGUUUGACAAAAUGGAGGACAUGGCCAUGAUGACCCACCUCAAUGAGCCUUCUGUGCUGUUUAACCUCAAAGAGCGUUACGCAGCAUGGAUGAUCUAUACCUACUCUGGCUUGUUCUGCGCCACUGUCAAUCCAUACAAAUGGCUCCCAGUGUACGAUGCAAUUGUUGUGGCUGGAUACAGAGGCAAAAAGAGGAUUGAAGCCCCACCUCACAUCUUCUCCAUCUCUGACAACGCUUACCAGUUCAUGCUCACUGGUAAGUGGAUUCCAGCAGUCUCAACAAAUAACAUUAUUUUAUCUACUGCCAUUGACAUUCUGGGCUUCAAUGCUGAUGAGAAAAUCAGCAUCUACAAGCUGACAGGUGCUGUGAUGCAUCAUGGGGCCAUGAAGUUCAAACAGAAGCAGAGAGAGGAGCAGGCCGAACCUGACGGCAAUGAGGCGGCUGAUAAAAUCUCCUACCUCAUGGGCAUCAACUCCGCUGACAUGCUGAAAGCUCUGUGUUACCCCAGAGUGAAAGUCGGGAAUGAGAUGGUGACCAAAGGCCAGACAGUACCACAGGUGAACAAUGCAGUCUCUGCACUCUGCAAGUCUGUCUAUGAGAAAAUGUUCUUGUGGAUGGUCAUCCGUAUCAAUGAGAUGUUGAACACGACGAAUCCUAGAGAGUUCUACAUCGGUGUGCUGGACAUCGCUGGAUUUGAGAUCUUUGAUUUCAACAGCUUGGAGCAG